GUUGAGUGAGGAGAAAAAAACAAUUGAAUCACGAAUACAAUAAGCGAACAUUUAAAAUUAUGGCACACACCACUGUAUCUGAACGUUGGCGAAAACAUACAUGUUAUGUGCAAUGCAUUAUUUAUAAAUAUUGAUAUUUUGUCGGGUUUGGACUACAAAACGGUAUGUUGACAUUAGCUAGCUAGCUUUCAUCAUGUCGACAGCUAUCUAACUGGUGAAUCGAGAACAAGUUUGCACUAACACAUUUUGGGGUACCUGGGGACAGUAGUGGGGGUUACCUGGCUAGUUUGUGGUGGAAGAGGAGACUCAUGGUUUGAACAAAAGCUGGAUGAUUGUUCUUGCCUGGGCUGUUAUUGGAGGAUCUACGUUGAACAUUUAUCUUUUCCUCAUCAGUCCCGCAAGAGGGCCUGCCUAAAAAUAAAGACACCAUCUGAAGAGAAGAUCAACAAGGAGAUAGACAACUGCCAUAACAUGCCCCCAAUGAAGGAGCCCUUACAAAGACUCCAACUACAGAGAGAAAGUAAAAGCCAACAGAACAAAGUGGUAGCUGAACCCUCUGACACACGGUCACUACCAGGUACCCCGGUUUCGGUUGUCCAUCCUAAUUCCAGAAAGGUCAACUCUGGUGACAUUAAUCACAGAAGAAAGCUCACAAAGACUCAGGCAAAUAUGGAGAAAAUGCAUGUUAAUUCACCUGCUACUGGUCAUGCUAGAUCUCAAUAUGAAAGUGCUAAUCCUGAAGUGCAUUUAUCACUUACUGGGAGUGAGCAAACAUUGAACUGUAUCACAAAAGAGCUGGUGGGUGUAACAAGGCCAGCAGCGGUAGACGUUGUUAGGAAACGUGGUCGCCCUCACAAGAAGGCAAAGAUGCUGCAUACUGUGCUACAAACAGAGGAGAGUUCUUCUCAUCUGAGCACUGCAGAAUCAAAGGAUUGGAGUGAAACAAUGUCUGACAGAGCGAAUGCUAUUUCUUUUACUACAAACUGUGUAGAAAACAGGGAUGACAUGUCUCUCAGAGCUAUUGAAACAAAAGCAAUACCUCUGAACUGUGAACCAAGCAAUACAGCGGUGUCUGUUCUUGACUCGUCCCCCCAAGACCAUCAACCAGCUGAAUCCAGCCCUGUGGCUAUCUCACCCUUGGAACCAAAAAGGAAAAGGGGACGACCAAAGGGGUCGACCAAGAAACGACCAGGAAGAACCAUGAACACUAUUUCAGUGCAACAAUCCCAUGUAACAGAAGAAAAAAUGGUAAUUAAAAAGGAACCUGAUGAGAUGCUAUCUGAAAAGAGAGGAAACAUUGGUCCUCAGCCUGAGGAAACUCCUGUUGAGCCUAAACACAGAGUAGGACGACCACCAAAGAAAACAACACUCGUGAGGCAGUUUGCAUUAGCACAGAGAAAAUCACAGAGAAAAUCAUGUUCUAUUACAGCAUCUGUGAAUUCUCAGGAUAUUACACCACAACAUCAGAAGAUUGAGACUGAGCGUUCAGAUUAUAUAGCAAGGCAUGUGUCUGUGUCGCUUAGUCGCGUUGAUUCUCAGAGAGGUGGUAGGUCAAGUGGGACUGCUGACAUGAUCUCUAAUGUGAAGUGUGAGGAUAUUGAAAUAGAGCUGGGGAUUUUAAUUCCCUGGCACAGUCAAAUUGUCUCAUGUCUUUUCAAUGCCAAACUGACACCAGUGUGAAGGUUGAGGCCUGUAAUACUAGUUGUGAUGGCACUGAAUUCAAAAAGCCACUCAAAGUUGACAAACGCAAAGGAACUGCUGGCACUGCUCCCAGAAAGCGAUCCCGGUUUGUUUUUGGAAAAACUAAAUACAAAAAAGGAAAGAGGAAAAGGUGUAUUGAUGCUAGAGGUAGACUCCAACGUGUGACCUCACAGGGAGAUCCAGACACCAUGUCAAAGCAGGUCGAUGUUGGAAAGGAGAUGGACUGUGGCGAGUCAGCUUGGGAGUAUGAGGGCAACACAAAUGACAGCUUUUCAAAUGGAAGUAAGUCAACAGAUGAAGGAUUUAAAGAUUUGCCUGAGAGUCACCAAAAUCCUAUCGUCACUGAUGUAAACAUAUUAGAAACUAUGUCGCAUGAGUCCUUUUUAAAUCAGAUGUCGUACAAGGUGAAGAAUUUACAAGUAAAAAAAUCAAGAAAGAGAGAGAUGGUGUAGGCGAUGAAACUGAAUAUAACCCAACAAGCAGUUGUCCUGAAGGCUAGGGGUCGACCAAAAGGGAGACCAAAAGGCACAGGGAAAACGUGUGAGUACUGUGGACGCCAUUUUGAUUUUGUGUCUGUAUAUACCGUCCAUCUACGCACUCAUACAGGCGAAAGGCCCUAUAAGUGCAUUGAUUGUGACCAAGACUUUGCCCAGCUAUCCAACUUAAAAAGUCAUGUCAAGAAACAUAACAAGCGCUGUCAGCCUCUGAAGUGUCCUUAUUGCAAAAUGAAGUUCAGUAAUUCAGAGGAAUUGCUUGCUCAUUGCAAGUGGCACUCGCAGAACCCGAACCAGGACUCAGAGUCUGAAAGUAAAAUGAAGGAUAACAGAAAUGAGGCCACUCAUACACCCCUUGUUUCUCUGAAAGAAAGGAGAAAAAGGGGAAAGGGGGGGAUACUCAAAUGCCACAUUUGUGGGAAAGUAUUUCCCUUUUGGUCUGGUCUGCAGGUUCAUAUACGUAUGCACACUGGGGAAAAACCAUAUAUCUGUAAAGUAUGUGGGAAAGCCUUUAGUAAUCGCUCAUCAAUUCGUAUUCAUGAGGUGACACACUGGUCCAUUAAGCCUUACAACUGCACAUGGUGUGGAAAGAGUUUCACUCAGUUGUCGUCUGCAAAAAAACAUCCCUGCAAGGGUCUGAGGGAGAGUAAUGACAGAGGGACCCGGAAGAAGCCUUUCAUAUCUUUUACAUGCCACAUCUGCGAAGAGAGAUUUGUUCAGAGGCGUCAGUACAAAACCCACCUGAAAACCCAUGCUGGUGUGAAGCUCUUUCGCUGUUUAUUCUGUGACCAGCUGUUUAGUGUGAUGUCAGAAUUUGAAGAGCACCACCAAUAUUGCACCAAAGUUAGGGGGGAGAAGAUGACAUCCAAAUCUGAAUUUAGGAUUUGGAAACCUAGAGCCCCUAAUCAGCAAAGCUCGCAGCAACCAAGUGUCAAGAGUCAUUCACCAGUCACCCAAUUAGUAUUUCCUGCAGCUGCUGAUAGUCAACCAUUUCAGAACCUUGGACAGAGUUCAGCUUCCUCUGCCUCGUUGCUGAACUGUGAACCUACCCGCAACAAAAACAAAGUGGUCAUCUGUCUUCACAAACACAUCCCAAUAAAGCCAUUGCUACAACUCUGCGCCCCUUUCAAACAUGCAUUAUACCCACAAACAAUCUCACCCCCCUUGUAUCAAAGUUGAACAGUCUAGAUCGUAAAUCUGACCCGAGGAAGUACUUAUGCCCACGUUGUGGAAGACUUUUCAGACACACAGGAAGACUCCGAGCCCACAUGCUAACUCAUGCCCACAGUCAGAGCUACACCUGUGACUGCUGUGGAAAGACCCUGGAAAGCUGGAAAAAGCUUUGGCUUCACCAGCGAAUCCACAGACAGAAACUAGGACGGUUCUCAUGUCCAAAGUGUCUCCAAGGUUUCCGCUUCGUUGGGCCCUACAAGCAGCACAUGCUGCGAGAACACCCUGAGUACCAGUGGAUCGAUGAGAGACCAAACAAAACUCUCCAAGGACUUGACCAGCAGCAGUGCCUGCCUUAUCAAUGUGAGGAGUGUAACACCAGCUUCAGGACACUAGAUUUGCUUUUCAAUCAUCAGCUUUGCCAUUCCUCACCAGGUGACCACAGUAUGUGGAUACAGGACGACUGCUAUGAUUACUCUCCCUCGACACAUGAACAUGAUGUACCUUCCAACGUGAAUGGAUUUGACCCUCACAUGAACAGUGGCGUAACACACUCCCAUCAGGAACUCCACCAUACCUACUACCCUUCUCCGCCUCUACAAGCAAACCACCCACGAGGUUCACAUCUCCUUCAUUACUUUUCCAAUCAUUCAGACCUACUACAUUCACUGUCACCCCUUAUACCUGUGCCUCCCCCAAUGCAACACCCAGGUUUCCAACCAGGCCUCCAGUUAUAUGACUCCACCCAGCUGCUCACAAGCCCUCUAUCACCACUGUACUCACAGGUAGAGACCAUUCCAAACCCUGACAGAAAAGAUGGGAAUGUAAACAGGAAGCAGAGUAGAAUUUAUGGGAAUGUGACUAAACGUGCUGCUAGAGCCAAGGAGGACAAGGUGACAAUGAGAGGUUUGGAUUGUGCGGAGUGUGGUGUUCAGUUUCCUGCUGUCUCACAACUCUAUGAGCAUUAUUUGCAGCAUGCAAGGGGAGAGGUGUAAGAAGUGAAAAUGAGGGACCUUUUUCUAACACAAAGGCACGUUAUCCUCCCAUCUCUUUCUCAGAGGUUUAUCAGUUUAGAAAUGGCUUAUAGGUCAACUAACAAAAGCGGCAUUUUUAACACAUAAGGGGUUGUUGUGUUUGAGUGAAUAUUCUGUUGAAUGGAGAUUGUUACUCUGGUUGCUUGUUGGUCAUUAGGGAAGCUGAUUACUUUAGGUUGUUAUUUGAUUUACUUACACUAUGAUCAAUUUUAAGUUUGUCAGUAUUUUAUUUUUCUUUGUCUGGUGUCCUUUAAUCUGAAAAAAUGGUCAGUGCUUUUAUACAUUUGAGUAGCUGUAGCAGGUUUUGAGACGAGGACAGAUCAUGGCCUAAUCUAUUUUUCAAUGGAAGUUUGAGUGUAAAUUACUAUGCUUGAUCAUGGAACAUUGUCAUACCUCUUUUUGUCAUUGUUAACCUCUUACUGUCAGACUCUGAUUCUCAACUGAUGAAAAAUAAUGUUGUAAUUUAGCCUGCCAAUACAAGUGAUUAACAUACAUUUUUAUUUUGUCCAUUUAUUUAAAAGAAAAUUAGAAACCUCAUAUUUUGCAAGUUAGUCAUUUAUUCUAUGUUUAAGUGUUGAUUUGUAACUUAUGCAAGAAAAAUAUUUUCACUGCCAAUACUCUAGUUGUGUUACCUAAUAGGCCUACAUUCCCUCAUGUUUACAGAAAGUUAUUUUGUUUAGAAAAGCAGUACUUGUUCUGUUGCUGAUGAACUGACAGCUGUUUACAUACUGUAUAUUUUAAUUUCUAGUUCCACUCAGUUAUUGUGUCAGAUAAAAAUAAAAGCCACCUUUCUAA